AUGUGUAUGGCGUUCAGUGUCUGUAGUAAUGGUUUGCAGACAAACUAUGAGUACUACACGUCCGGUGGUAUCAAAUCGGGUCUGAGGGCCGACUCCGUAGACUUCACUCUCAACGGAAAGAAAAUUACUUUAUUUAGCGGUUCUUUGCAUUACUUCCGAUUACCCAAAGACUACUGGAAGGACAGGCUAUUGAAGUAUAGGGCCGCCGGACUUAACGCUGUACAGUAUGAAUUGAUUGAAAAGUUUAAUAAAGAGAGGUCUCAACCAAAGCUAUUAAUACCUAAACCCCCGACAUAUGUAACACCGGUUUCUUACGGGAAACUCAAAGUUAAGGAUUACUUGAGUUUAGAGGACGUGUUGACACAAAUGAAGCCAAUCGUCACCGAAAAGCCACAACACAUGGAGUUAUUAAACAUCACAAACAAUUCGGGACAACACUAUGGGUUCAUUCUCUAUAGACUCAAUAAACUCAACAAAUUUAAACAUUUGAAACUCACCGGUGGUGCCGCUGAUCGGGCAGUCAUUCUCGUGGACCACAAAGAGGUCGCUGUCUUCGAGAGUAAUAAAGACUAUAAUCAGGACUUAAAUGACACACAAUUUGCAAACACAACGACUCAUACGUUGGAUAUAAUCGUCGAAAACAUGGGUCGACCCAAUGGUGGGGCUGUUAUGAAUACCGCCCGAAGAGGUCUUAACGGAGAUAUCAGUAUCGAUACAAAAGUUGCCACAAAUAUCGAGACGUUUUCGCUUGAUUUCAAAGAACCAUUUGUUAAACAAUUAACUCAAUUGAAGGGAAAGUCGUUCGUUGAGGGUAUCAAAAGUCCAGCCGUUUAUCGGUUUGAAUUGGAUAUUAAGGACAGUCCUAAGGACACAUUCAUACGACUGGACGGUUGGUCGAAGGGAAAUGUAUUUAUUAAUGAUUUCAAUAUCGGCCGGUAUUAUAACAUAGGACCCCAACUGACACUGUAUAUCCCUGCACCGUUACUAAAAACGGGCAAAAAUGAGAUAUUAGUGUUUGAAUUGCAUUCAUCGACCGGCCAGGUUGAAUUUGUUGAUAAACCACAUUUGGGAUAAAUGCUUAAAAUAUUAAAAUAUAAACUU